CCGGCAGAGUCGAGGCCAAACCAGUCUCUGCGAUCCAAGAUGAGGACCUCCUCUCGUUUAAUCGGUGCCCUUGCGGCGGCACUCUUGCCGUCUGCCCUUGCGCAGAACAACGCGCCGGUAACCUUCACCGACCCGGACUCGGGCAUUACCUUCAACACGUGGGGUCUCGCCGAGGAUUCUCCCCAGACUAAGGGCGGUUUCACUUUUGGUGUUGCUCUGCCCUCUGAUGCCCUCACGACAGACGCCAAGGAGUUCAUCGGUUACUUGAAAUGCGCGAGGAACGAUGAGAGCGGUUGGUGCGGUGUCUCCCUGGGCGGCCCCAUGACCAACUCGCUCCUCAUCGCGGCCUGGCCCCACGAGGACACCGUCUACACCUCUCUCCGCUUCGCCACCGGCUAUGCCAUGCCGGAUGUCUACCAGGGGGACGCCGAGAUCACCCAGGUCUCCUCCUCUGUCAACUCGACGCACUUCAGCCUCAUCUUCAGGUGCGAGAACUGCCUGCAAUGGAGUCAAAGCGGCGCCACCGGCGGUGCCUCCACCUCGAACGGCGUGUUGGUCCUCGGCUGGGUCCAGGCAUUCGCCGACCCCGGCAACCCGACCUGCCCCGACCAGAUCACCCUCGAGCAGCACGACAACGGCAUGGGUAUCUGGGGUGCCCAGCUCAACUCCGACGCCGCCAGCCCGUCCUACACCGAGUGGGCCGCCCAGGCCACCAAGACCGUCACGGGUGACUGCGGCGGUCCCACCGAGACCUCUGUCGUCGGUGUCCCCGUUCCGACGGGCGUCUCGUUCGAUUACAUCGUCGUGGGCGGCGGUGCCGGUGGCAUCCCCGCCGCCGACAAGCUCAGCGAGGCCGGCAAGAGUGUGCUGCUCAUCGAGAAGGGCUUUGCCUCGACCGCCAACACCGGAGGCACUCUCGGCCCCGAGUGGCUCGAGGGCCACGACCUUACCCGCUUUGACGUGCCGGGUCUGUGCAACCAGAUCUGGGUUGACUCCAAGGGGAUCGCUUGCGAGGAUACCGACCAGAUGGCUGGCUGUGUCCUCGGCGGCGGUACCGCCGUGAAUGCCGGCCUGUGGUUCAAGCCCUACUCGCUCGACUGGGACUACCUCUUCCCUAGUGGUUGGAAGUACAAAGACGUCCAGCCGGCCAUCAACCGCGCCCUCUCGCGCAUCCCGGGCACCGAUGCUCCCUCGACCGACGGCAAGCGCUACUACCAACAGGGCUUCGACGUCCUCUCCAAGGGCCUGGCCGGCGGCGGCUGGACCUCGGUCACGGCCAAUAACGCGCCAGACAAGAAGAACCGCACCUUCUCCCAUGCCCCCUUCAUGUUCGCCGGCGGCGAGCGCAACGGCCCGCUGGGCACCUACUUCCAGACCGCCAAGAAGCGCAGCAACUUCAAGCUCUGGCUCAACACGUCGGUCAAGCGCGUCAUCCGCCAGGGCGGCCACAUCACCGGCGUCGAGGUCGAGCCGUUCCGCGACGGCGGUUACCAAGGCAUCGUCCCCGUCACCAAGGUUACGGGCCGCGUCAUCCUCUCUGCCGGUACCUUUGGCAGUGCAAAGAUCCUGCUGAGGAGCGGUAUCGGUCCGAACGAUCAGCUGCAGGUUGUCGCGGCCUCGGAGAAGGAUGGCCCUACCAUGAUCAGCAACUCGUCCUGGAUCAACCUGCCUGUCGGCUACAACCUGGAUGACCACCUCAACACCGACACUGUCAUCUCCCACCCCGACGUCGUGUUCUACGACUUCUACGAGGCGUGGGACAAUCCCAUCCAGUCUGACAAGGACAGCUACCUCAACUCGCGCACGGGCAUCCUCGCCCAAGCCGCUCCCAACAUUGGGCCUAUGUUCUGGGAAGAGAUCAAGGGUGCGGACGGCAUUGUUCGCCAGCUCCAGUGGACUGCCCGUGUCGAGGGCAGCCUGGGUGCCCCCAACGGCAAGACCAUGACCAUGUCGCAGUACCUCGGUCGUGGUGCCACCUCGCGCGGCCGCAUGACCAUCACCCCGUCCCUGACAACUGUCGUCUCGGACGUGCCCUACCUCAAGGACCCCAACGACAAGGAGGCCGUCAUCCAGGGCAUCAUCAACCUGCAGAACGCCCUCAAGAACGUCGCCAACCUGACCUGGCUCUUCCCCAACUCGACCAUCACGCCGCGCCAAUACGUUGACAGCAUGGUCGUCUCCCCGAGCAACCGGCGCUCCAACCACUGGAUGGGCACCAACAAGAUCGGCACCGACGACGGGCGCAAGGGCGGCUCCGCCGUCGUCGACCUCAACACCAAGGUCUACGGCACCGACAACCUCUUCGUCAUCGACGCCUCCAUCUUCCCCGGCGUGCCCACCACCAACCCCACCUCGUACAUCGUGACGGCGUCGGAGCACGCCUCGGCCCGCAUCCUCGCCCUGCCCGACCUCACGCCCGUCCCCAAGUACGGGCAGUGCGGCGGCCGCGAAUGGAGCGGCAGCUUCGUCUGCGCCGACGGCUCCACGUGCCAGAUGCAGAACGAGUGGUACUCGCAGUGCUUGUGAGCCCACGCGUGGGUUAUUAACAAGCCCCGAGGGCCGUGAGUUUGUGUGGUGAUAGGAACUCUGGUUUUCUUGAUGGGGAGUUGAGUUUGUGAAAUUUUUUACUUGUCCAUACAAUCAACUCCCCAGCCUUCCUCCUUUGGUGUUUGCUUCAAUGUCCAUAGUUUUUUUUCUCAAUCGUACAUAACCCUCGAUUGAUCAG